AUGGUUCAGAGCGGAGCUGGCUCUAAUCUCCCUACCGUGAAAUCUUCGGAUUUCACGGCUGCUUCACAGUUCAACAGCACCGUCAAAUAUCUAGUGAUUCGGUCAAGCCAACGAGCCUCCUACCUGAGGUGUGCCGCGGCCUGCCUCAAGGAAGAAGACUGCAAAUACUUCGGUUAUACCAAAGAUACCAGACGGUGUGAAUUGAUCGAUGACUCGAUCGUUUCAGUCAACGAAGAGAAGUUGAAAUACUUCAAAAGAAAUGGUGACUCUCCUUGCUCCGUGGGGGGACCUCUCGGGAUGGAAGAUGGUCGCAUCCCGGAUGAAAGCAUCACAGCUUCGUCUUUUUGGCGAAGGCAUUCUACUUACUCGACCAGGGCCAGACUUCAUACCUUAGGAACUGCUGCAGCCUGGUGUAAUGUUGAAACUGAAGACAGUUCAUGGAUACAGGUUGACUUCAAAGGUAUAGUCACUAUCACUGGUUUGAUCACCCAGGGGCGCGGAGAUUACCACAACUCAUGGGUGACAGAGUACCAAGUGACGUACAGUGAUGACGCUCAGUCCUGGGAUCACGUGACCGAUGCAUUUGGCACACCAGUAAAGGUAGGAUCUCAUCUCAGCCACGACAAACCAGCUUAA